AUGUCAGAGCAACUCAAGAAUAUUCGGGCAGCUUAUCUCGUUCUGCUGGAUCGUGUUCACCUUGCCUUGAGGACUCAGCUUGGUGAUGUUGCCCGACUCUCUCAACAACGUGAUGAGGCAGUUCGCUUGCUUGAAGCAGCUGAACAACUUCAGGACCAUUUCCCCCCUGCUGAGUUCAGCAUACUCCAACAAAGUCUUGCAGCUAUAGUCAACUCAUUGGAUCAAGCUCGCCACGAAUCAGCUGACCCACCAGAUGAGCCGCAGCUUGUUGUCGUUACUCGGAAGAGUGGUGGGCGACCAGGUCGUCCUCGUGUGGAGAUAGAUCCCACCUUUCUGAGGGAAGCAUUGGCACUCCGUGGGCCCUCAGGUCUCAAGCCAAUUUUCAAUUGUGAUGCUCGGACGGUGCGACAGAGGGCACUUGAAUAUGGUAUCGCAACUCCAGGAACUCCUGUUUUUGUUCCCCAGAUGCAGCCUGAUGGUGUUAUCAAUGCCAUGCGAUCAACAUCAACUCGUGGGAUCUCAGCUCUCACCAAUGACAAGCUUGACGCACUUUUGUCCAGCAUUCUGGAGAUCUUUCCAACCUUUGGCCAACGCAUGAUUGCAGGUCGUCUCAAGGCUAGUGGUCAUCAUGUCCCCCGGGAGCGCAUCACAGAAUCAUUUCUUCGGCAUGCCUUUGUUGAUGGAAAGUCGCGCCUUGUUGCUCGGCUUCGUAUCAACAACAACAAUCGAGCUGAAACUGUCCUUAUAACAUUCCAUGAAGCCCGAGCCCAGCAUGGGACGCCUAGCCGUUUGCUGAGUGGAUGGAGGACAACAGAGGAUCUGGGCGGGGCUCGUAUAUCUGGGGCAGAGCGCAUGUGGUAUGACAUCACCCACGGCUUCGGGAUGAAGUGGAAGAACUUUUUCUUAGAUCUUGAAGUCAACCACGGGCUCAAUCCACAGUCAUCUGACGACAGCUAUAGUUUGACCUAA